CACAGAUCUCUUCCGUUUAUAACAAACAACAACAGUGACUUUGAGCAGUUCCUAUAUGAUCAGUGGCUGUGCGGGGAUUUUAACACGCGGGGGUCGUCGUUAUGCGUCCAAUGCAUCAUCACAUUUAACUUCUGGACAUCAUUCACUGUUAAGCCGUCAAACAUGGAGAAAUUUGAAGGCUACAUCUUCACCGCACUGUGCAGCAGCAACUUCCUUAUCUCCUGCCUGCUGUUCUCCGCAGUGACCCGGGAGCAGAGGCUGCCCUACAUGGACGAGGUGUUCCACGUCCCGCAGGCGCAGAAAUACUGUCAGGGCAGAUUCAAUGAGUGGGACCCGAUGAUCACCACCCUCCCGGGCCUGUACCUCAUCACCGUGGGAGUCAUCAAGCCCGUGGUGUGGCUGGCUGACCUGACAGGCGCGGUUGUAUGUUCCACGGCGAUGCUGCGCUUCGUCAACCUGCUCUUCAACUGUGGCAUCCUUUACCUGCUCUACCUGCUCAUCUGCAAGCUGCACCUCAAGGAGAAGACACGAACAACCUCACGCCGCAUCCUGUCAGCGUUGUCUCUCUCAACCUUCCCUGUGCUCUACUUCUUCAACUUCCUCUACUACACCGAUGCCGGAUCUACUUUCUUCAUCCUCUUCACCUACCUCAUGACUCUCUACGGUUGCCACAAGGCCUCAGCGCUCCUGGGUGUGUGCUCCGUGCUCUUCCGCCAGACCAACAUCAUCUGGGUGGCGUUCUGCGCAGGCACGCUGGUGGCUGCCAAAAUGGAUGAAGCCUGGCGGGUGGAGCAUUCGAAAAAAAGGGAUGAGAAGUCUCCGCCAUCCCAAGUUCCUCUGACAUUAAGCGGGGCAAGGAAAAUAAUACUAUUCACAAUGGAGUUCCUCACGUCACCCAGUAACGUGAAGUCAGUGCUGCUGGUGGCGUGGCCAUAUGCACUGGUCGGCCUUGGUUUCGUGGGGUUCGGUGUGCUGAAUGAUGGGAUCGUGGUUGGUGACAGGACGAGCCACGAGGCUUGCCUCAAUUUUCCUCAGCUCUUCUACUUCCUCUCCUUCACCCUCUUCUUCUCGCUCCCCGUCUCACUUUGUCACCAACGCGUCCUCCAGUUCCUGCAGUCCCUGAAAAAACAGCCUCUGCUCUUCCUCUUCAUCACCGGCGUCUCAUUGCUACUGGUGUGGAAUUUCACCUUCGUCCACAAGUACCUCUUGGCAGAUAACCGCCAUUUCCCCUUCUACGUGUGGAGGAAGCUUUACCAGAGUCACGAGCUGGUACGCUUCCUCCUUGUCCCUGUGUACGUGUUCGCUGGGUGGAAUUUUCUGGACUCCUUAAGGUCGCGCUCACUCUUCUGGAGUUUGGCGUUCCUGGCGUGCCUCCUGGCCGCCACGGUGCCCCAGAAGCUGCUGGAGUUCAGAUACUUCAUUGUCCCCUACCUGAUGUACCGCCUGCACAUGCCCCUCCCUUCUCUUCCCAGACUCGGAGUGGAGUUUGCCCUCUACACGGUGGUCAAUGCUGCCACGAUUUACAUUUUCAUCACUAAGACUUUCCACUGGCCAGACAGCCCAGCCACGCAGAGAUUCAUGUGGUGAAGACUAGAGGCGAGUGAGGUAGUGCUUCUGGUGUCAGAUAUCAGGAGGUGCUGGACUCAAACAUCGAUUGGCGUCAAAGGAUUUUCCCAGAGAAGCACAACACACGUGACAUCUCAAAAGUCACAGCAAAACCUCUGUUACAUCUCAGUGACAGACAAAGAUGGCUCAUAUAUUCCUGUCAUUUCUGUUCAACUGGUGUUUCAUACACAGUUCAGCUACAAUAUUCGCUUGACUACAGCUUGUACUGAUCUAGCAUCGUGAUAUUUAAAAUUAAAAGUAGAGUGGAACUCAGUAGAGCAAAUACUGAUGCCUACGGCCCUUAAAUUCAAUCAAGCAGCACUGGAUCACACAUAGAUAUCCGACCCCUAACAAUGCCUGGCGUUUUCUCAUAAAGAUUUCUGCGUUAUUUCUGGAGACAUUCACAAAUAUGUUAAAUAUCUUGCAAUGUUAAAGAAAGUGAAAUGGCAUUCCUGGUUCAACCACCUUAAUUAAAUCCGUUCAAAAAGUUAAUGGCUUCCUCUUUUGCUCAUGUGCCACUUUUCCACCAAGUCUCAAUAAAAUCCGUUCAGUAUCUUUGGCUUAAUAGACUUUGGUGUAGGUAAUGACUGAAAAACUGCAUAACACUUAAAUGUCCAGGUUUUUAGGCUUAUAAUGUAUUUUCACUGACAAAGACUCCAAACCUACUACAAAGUCUGCCAGUUCACUGUGAAUCAGUUCAAAGUUACAUGAACAAGACAAAGAAUAUUCAAAGUAUUCAUUUUCUACUGAACCUGAGCUCUUUGUUGUUUAACUGUUGAUUCUUCUCCAGGGUAGAAAACAUAUAAUGUAUUUUGUUUUUUUGCAGGUGUUUUUCUUAUGGUGAGCAGUUUUGUACUGUAAAUAUUGUGCAGCUCUAUGAAUCAAUGACUGUUGACAUGAAAUAUGAAAAAUAAAGAGACCAAAAAUGACACAGCCAUAUAGAAUAAAUAAAGUGUGUUGUAUUGAAUGAAUUCUUUUUGCUUUUUGGAAGGGAAGAACACACAUAAUUGACGGACAACUUUAUUAUUGUUAUUUUAUUAUUAAUGGACUCAAUUCAACAAAUGUAAUAUCCUUUGUUUUGUAACUUGAUUAGUACUUUGCCAAGCCAUAGGGACCCAGCAGAGGUGUUUCAGAAACGUGCUCAUUAAAGUGUUUGUGUCUUGAUUUUUAAUUGUUUAUUGUUUUUUUUUACGUUUUGUGGUUUAAUUGCAACAGAUGAUGUCAUCCCGAGUUCGGUGUGUUUCUGCCCAGUUAACUAACUUCUCUGAUUUAUUCAGUGUAAUUCCUCAUCUGUGUGUUUCAAAUGUAUCUGCGUCUUGUUGCUGUGUCUGUGUUUACCUAUUUUCUGCCUAUGUACCACACUUCCUUUCCAUCCAGCUGUUUGCUGCUCCCCUGCUGAUACAAUCUUAUGUUAAGAUUUUAAUAAAAUGACUCACCAAUA